AUGGCUGGCCUCGGAGCCAAUGGAGGUUUCACCUCCGGCCCCAGCUCUGGCGCUUCUCUCCAGCCUGCAGACCCCAACAACAGCAACAUCUUGCCCAGGAUUCACGAUGCGCUCCAGAUCAUCUACAGCCCACAGUCAACAAACCAGUCGCGCCAGGAAGCCCAGUCAUUCCUCGAGGAUGUCAAGGCCUUGAACGAGGGUCCAUCCCAUGGCUUCACCCUCUCUUCCGACAAGAGCCAAUCUCCCAUUGUACGCCACUACGGCUUGUCCUUACUCGAGCACGCGAUCAAACACCGGUGGGCAGAAUACAGCGAACAGGAAGCAGAGUACUUGAGGUCUUGGGUGCUACAACUAUCUCAGGGCGUAUCCAAAGACGACCCUCUCUAUAUAAGAAACAAGAUUGCCAUCCUAUGGGUGGAAGUGGCCAAGAGGAGUUGGGGUGCCGAGUGGAAGGAUAUGGAUUCGUUGCUUGUUCAGUUAUGGCAAGUGCCCGGAUUUGGCCCACACAAGGAACUUGUAUUGUCCGUCCUCGAGACCCUAUCCGACGAGAUAUUUAACGGUGACGACGCCGUGGUGGCUAUUCGAGAAGCGGUUCUUAGCAAGGCCGCCGUCGAGAUCUUCACACCAGCUGCCGUACUGCUCGAGGCAUUUCCAAACCGCCAGGCCGGCCCGGAUGUGCGCUGUGGGGAAGAAGGGUGGCUCAAUAGAGCUACGGUGCUCCUUGGCGAGUGCUUGAACUCGGACAUACAGGGCAAUGAGGACGUUCGCUCAUGCGCCGUCAAGGCGCUCUCGCUCCUCUACUCACUCAUGCCCUGGGCUAUUCCCAAGGCAGUCAUCGCUUCGAGAUGCGUCCAAAUCAUGUGCGACGGCCUUGUGGCUCCCCAUGUUGCCGUACAAAAGGCUUCCCUCGAGGCUUUGCACGCUCUAUACUCUCGUAGCAAUUUCUCGACUGAGGAGUUCCUUGAGCUUGUCGUGCCUUUGUAUCGAAGGGAGUUCGUCGACCGCUGCAAGCAACUCUUUGAAUGGUCGACCGUCGACGCUGAUGAUAUCGACGAUGACAAGUAUCAAUUCGCUAAGAAAUUCUCAGAGAUGAUGUCUUGCCUUGGCAAUUAUCUGGAUCGCAAGUUCACAGCCAUGCCCUCGGAUCUCGACGCGCAAGCUUUCCUGGAAUUUCUGCUCCUGGUGGUGCAGAGUCAGAGCUUAGUGGUUUCUAUCCCAGUGCUGGUUUCCUGGACCCGUCUCCUUCACAACCGCGCACUAGGGCCUUCGAUCGCCAAGACACACCUCAUUGGACCCCUUUUGAUGGUUUGCAGUUCAAGGCAGGUUCGCUACGAGAGUCUUCCGGAUGAUACCCAGGAUCCUACAUACAUAUUUCUCACCGAAGACACCGAUACAAUACCAGAACGUCAUGCAUUUCUCGGGAACUACAGACGAUACAGCGCUCAAGUUAUAGAGAGCAUUGUGCAGCUGACGCUGUCUGAUGCCAUCUCAUACAUCCUUGAGCAGACUGACAACGUUAUUCAACAUCUGUAUGAUGGACAACCCUCCCUAGAUCCAUCUACAUAUGUGAAGAACUCGAUGCCUUAUCUGCGAGUUGAUGCACAAUUCACUGUUAUUGAGUCAGCAUUGAAAGGUUACGUCAAAUGGAGGUCUACCACUAGUGGCGAUGCCACCCAGCAUCAGAAGAUACAGCUUGAAGGAUACCUGGAGUCGUGGUGCAAUCGUUUGAUCGAGCUGAAAUUUGAGGAUCCCUUAAUUCGCAAACGAGUCCUCCAGCUUCUCGUUGCCUUUUCGACCACCGCUCUCGACAAGAACGCAGGAUUCAUGCUGAAAGUCCUGGAGCACAUUCUGAUGACGUGGCCAGCACCACAGCCUGAGCAUAAAGUCUUCAACGACGCGAUUAAAGAUCUACAGUCUGAGAGUAUUGUCGAGCUGCAGCGUCUCGCGUCCAAAAUGCCUGAUCACCUCCUUGAUGUCUAUGACCAGUUAGAGGCUAAAGUCAACGACAUGAUAGCUUCUGGCUCCUUGGAUGAAAAGCGACAGGUUGCGUACCAGAGCUUCUUGUUCAUCAUCAUUCACCGGGCAACUCGGAUAGACCAAGGAACAAGAGUUCAACGGUUACGGACAUUUAUUGAGCCGGUCAAAUCCCAAUGGAACAAUGAUAACCUCAAGCGAGCACUGUCGUCGUACCAGGGGUUUAGUGAACUGAUGGCGCUAGACAAAGCGCAGAGUUACCUCGCCCGCCGCCGAAUCCACGAGAUAAAUGACUGGGGCUCUGUCGAAUUGGACGCAGAAGGCUUGGCCUUGCAGGCUGAGCUGGAGGAAAGACAGACACUUCUGCCGCUCCGCUCAACCAAAUCAUUCCUCACAUAUUCUGUGGAAAAGCUUGAAAAGAACUCGCCUUCGUACCAGGCCUCCUGUCUGUUGUGGCAGGAUGGAUUCCCCAUCAUACUACCAGAACUUUUACAGUUUCUUAGCCACGCUCACGCAUCUCAUAACCCUAACAACUGGUCGCUUUUACCCAGCGAAAUGUUCCCAAUUGUUGGCCGCGUGUUGACUGAUCGGUUCUGGCAAGCUGGUAUCUCUGAAGGUAGCAAGGAUGACUUCUACGCUAGAGUCCUCGAGAAGAAAGGCACUCUUGAAGGUCUCGCCUCGACAAUCCGCGGCACAGUCCGAUUUGUGCGAGAGACAUGCUACGCGAUAAUUUACUGCAUGAGCAGACUCGACGUACAAUUUUAUGGGUUCAACGAACUGCCUGGUCCGCUCGCGCACUCUCUCUUCGCAGACUCGCUCUGUCUUUCCGCGCAUCAAAUCAUCAAUCUUCUGAAUCUAGUCAGAUACCUCGUAGACCAUUGUCCAGUUCAACUCCGUGAUCAUUUUCUGCCCCCUAUCUUGGCAGCUUGCUUCCAACAAAUGGACGUAAAGAUUAAUUCAGAAUGGGAGAAACUUGAUCGUCAACAAGGUGUGCAGUCAGCUGGAGAUGACUUGACUGAAGAGAUGAAGACGGAGAGUAUCCUGCGGCAGUUGACGUACUCUGCGGUGGUCAUGGUCGCGGACUUCCUGGACCCUGCAAGAAUAGACCCUCCGCUGGAUGGCUUCUCGAAUCGUGAGACCAUCAAUGUCUCCACAAAGUACCCUUCCCUACGGAAGUUCUGCUUGAUGCAAUCAAGCAUUGUUGAGCCCCUUCUUCUCUUUUGCGCACAUGCUAUCCGAUGGCAUGACGGGAGAUGCUGUGGUGUCGUCUUGCGUGUUUUCCGGUCUAUAAUUCCGGAAUUUCAAGUCGUUCAGCCCCCAACUCCUGAGUCCAUACCAUCAAAUGUCAACCCAAUGGAGCAAUCAACUUCAUCGACUACCCGACCCCUCGAUGAAUUUCCAAUCCCGCAAGCCACAGGCAGCGCUAUUCGCGAGUACAUCUCCUCAGACGUCCUGAAAGCAUGCAUCACGUCUCUCCAUGAGCCAUACUUCGUUGAUCUUCAGAAGGAGCUUGGCCAUGUUAUCGCAUCGAUCCUCAUGUUCUACAGCCCCGUGACUCAAACGCCGCGUGACGUUCUUUACUCCCUCCCAAAUAUUAAGCAGCAAGACGUCAACUCAACGAUUGAAUUUGUCUGUCGUCCCGGAUCGCACUCUCGGCAACAACGUGCGUUGGUCCUGGACCUCUUGAAGGAUCUCAAGGGUGUCAGUAUAUCGGAGAUGGGCAAACUCAGCAAGAGCGUGGGCAUUAAGCCAGACAGCAGUCGCUUGGCCAAAAAGACAACGCGGAGCAAAAUGGCCCAGGAGUUCAUGACUGCUUCGGUUCCUGCAGGAGGUCCUGCGGGAGGCACUGGCCAACCAGGAGCACCGCGAGAGAGCCCUGACCUCGAAGGCGUCGCUGGUCUGUUUAACGCGUGA